UCCUUAUUUGGAACGACCAUUGUCCUCCAUCAAGCCUUUUCUUUCGCGCCUGUUCCCUUCCUUCUCUCUUCCUACCACCAUCUGGUCUUCGCCUGCCAUCGACACUCCCAUAAAUUCUCGACCGCCUCCACCCCAUCGAUCGCCCGACGUCGCGCUAGCACGCACACAAUCCCGCAAAGACCUUAGACGCGCCACAUUCACAGCUUACGCGCCUUCACUUCUGACGAUGAACGCCUGGUCGACAACUCGCAUGGGCCCUCCACCCAUGGGCCUUCUGCCCGUCAACCGUCCCCCCGCUCCUGUCGUCUUCCCCAUGGCCAACGGCCCCGCCGUUCCUACCUUCCCCAUUUCGCCCGGCCCCGCCGCUCCUGUUCCCUACAAUCCUCUCUCUCCCCAGUGGAUCGAGGAGCGCACGGCGAUUGCGAACAAGGUGUGCUGGAUAGACCCCAUGCGCUCGGUCAGCAUGUACCCAACAUGGAACGGAAAGCGCCACCCGGUCACUUACGCCGCCCCGCCUCACAUCUCCGAGAUCCUGUCGCGGUACCCUCCCCAGUACCAGGCGGAUGCCUAUGCACGAUAUAUCAUUGAGAACUUGCCCACUCCCCCUUUAACGGACGCCCAGAUAGCGGAAAACAAUCAGUUACUGGCAAAGAACACCGGCAUGAUUGCUCACUGUACCAACCAGCUUCCUGGGUUGCACAAGCCGUUCUCGAUGAAUCCCCUGCCCCCCAAUGCGGCUGCUCUUCGUGAUAUGGCCCACAAGGUCACGGUCCUGCGCAAUUCUCUGACGACGGAGCUCAACGUACGCUCGUGGAUCAACUUCCGUAUCAACAGCCUCCCUCCCGAAGUCCUUGCCGAUAUCUUCAGCUAUGUCGUCUGGUCGCCUGGCGCGACCAUCGACAUCAUUCGGAACCGCGCGAGUAUAUCGCAGGUCUGCCGACUCUGGAGGGGCAUCGCGACCACGGAUGUGACACUGUGGAACUCGGUUCGCGUGAUCGAUGACUACCCAUGGGGGCUGACGGAGCAGCACAUCGUGCGCUCGGGCGAUGGCUUCAUCGACAUCCGCAUCGACGAGGACGAGAGGAACCGCCGGGGCAAGCCGCCUCUCCGCGGCAAGGAGUGGGAGUCGUUGAUCGACCUCCUCUGCACCAAGCUGUCGCAGAUCCGGAUCCUCAUCGUCAGCCACGGCGACGUGGAUGGCAUGAUCUACAUCACGGAGAAGCUGCAGGCUGCGGCCACGGGCAUACCCAUGAGGAUGGAGCGUCUGGAGAUGCACCUCAGCGGGAACGACAUGCCCGGCGCUGUGGACCUCACGCACUGCAAGUCGGUUCCUUUGUUCGGAGGGCGCAACGUGGAGUCCCUGUCGUGGCUCACGCUCAAGGGCAUCCCUGUGAACUGGCCUCAGUCAAUCGCUUCGAACCUCACCACAUUCGACAUCCGUCGGAUCCCGUACGAGCGCAGCCUACCUCUCCAGCGGUUCCGUGAGAUCCUCACGGCCUCUCCUCACCUGGAGAAGCUCAUCCUGGAUGGCGCGGGCCCCAUCAUGCCCGUCCCUUCCUGGUCGGACUCGGACGUCACUCCCAUCCCUCUGCCCAAGCUGCGGAUGCUGUCGCUCGGCGACCAGAGCAUCCAGUACGCGGUCUUCAUCUGGAGGCUGCUGCACGCGCCGAACCUCAAGGAGCUGAUCCUGCUCAACCUCUACGGCGACGACUACACGCCGUUCAUCGAGCAACUCAUCGGACGGAUGCCCGACCUCCGCACCCUGACCUGGUACUCCGUCGAAGUGUGGCCGAGCCCGCAGACCAGGAUCGUCAUGCGGCGGUGGUUCAACUCGAUGCCCAAGCUGCGCUACCUGAACCUCUCUGGUGUUCGGCACGCUCUCAUCGACCUGUUCGUCAUGGAAGGAGGAAUCGCUCCGGGCGAGAUUCCGGGCCCCGAGCCUGUCCUUCCGCACCUCCUCGCCGUCGAGUGGGAGAACAUAGAACCGGACGACAUCGCGUACCUCGUGAAGCGGCGCAGGGAGCAGGGGAGGCCUCUCAGGAAGCUGUAUGUCCGCCAGGACUGGUGGGAGAAGCUAAAGGCGGCCCCGAACGCACCGACGAAUCUGAUGAGUCUCCAACGCGAGGCCCCUAACAUCCUCCAAUUCGUCCCGCCGAUGACUGAUAAGACGCCGGAGGAGAAGGAGGCUCUUGAGGACGUCGUCGAUGUCGCCAUGGAUCUGUCCUAAGCGCUCAGCGCACGAGCCUCGAAUGGACUAAAUUUCUGUUCACGUGUCUUAAUGUUUAACUCUCAUUUACAACUUAUGUCUCUUUACAAACAAACUCCCCAUCUAUAGCUGUAGCUCUACCUAUCCUUCUUGCAUAUAUACCUAGUCGUGUUGUGUGUCUGUACAUGCACUGGUAGCGUGUACUUACUUUGCUUUUAUACCAAUAAAAAGGUUCCGUCGGCUAUAGCCGGCGUACCAAUAAACGCG